UUCCAUUGGGGUCCAUGCUACCGCAGUUCUCUGUAUUGGACUGAAGAAAUCACUGGCUGGCGAAACGUUUCCUCAUAAGUGACAAAACGCCGGAGGACAGUGUGAUUCUGCCUCAGUGUGGUGUAGCUGCCUUGGUGGUGAAAAUUCCACAGCUUCCUAACACUACUAGUACUACUGCUACUAAUGGUGCUGCUACUACUGCAAACACUCGGCGUAAUAAAGCCCUCCUACAUGGUGAUGAGGGCUCUGAAACCUUGGAUAACUUGACUACCAGGGUGUCAUCAUUCAUGCGAGGUCACCGUGUGGGCGUGGUGGUGGUGGUGGGGGCGGUGUUUGGAGAGGAGGAAGUGGGCGGUAUUAUAGGUGAACUUCAGGUGAGACUACUGCCCCGCCCACCUCUCCUGUUGCCCGCCCAUGGUGACGCCCAGGCAGCCGCCCACAUCCAGGUGCUGGCUAAGGCAACACUGACUGAGCGGAGGCAGGUGGUAGAGUCAAGGAUGGAAGAAAUACUAGAAGCAACACUGACCACCAGGCAACACACCUACACUAUGGGUCGUGCCAUGGGACUCAAUAAUCACCAGAUGUCAGCACUGCUUGCUUGCUUUGGCUCCCUGGGUAAUGUGGCCAAGUCAUCAGCAGAACAAAUACACUGCAGGACCUCACUCAGCACCAAGACUGCAGCAGCCAUCAUGGCCUUUCUUAGCAGAGACACUGUCACACUUUAGAUUUCGAAAGAAAAAAAAAAGAGAAAAAGAAAUAAUUUUUCGUUUUAUCAAAUUGUGACUGUAACUCAGUUGAAGAUGACUGGACAACUUGAAGAACUUGGAGUUCCAUCGUCGAGCAAGCCCAGACAUCUGGACAAGUUGUCCUACGCUUCCUCUGUCUGUUCACCUAGCACAAAGUACUUACAGCACCUGGAUGUUAGUGCUCUGUUAUGGCUCGUAUCCUGGAGAGGAGGAAUUAAGGGCCCCCAAUGGAAACAAGUCCCAUUGCUUGGUUAUCAAUGAUUAAUAAUCCUCAAGGGUUAAUAUUCCAAUGGAAGAAUUUUUCUUCUUUUUGGGGAUAUUAACUCAAGAUAACUUUAGAAAGAUAAAUAUGGCUUAUUUCUGUUGGAGUCCUUGUUCUACCCCAGGUUGCCACCCACAACAGUUGACUAACAUCCAGGUACUUAUUUACUACUAGGUGAACAGGGACAGCAGGAGUAAGGAGACUUGCCCAUUAUUCUCGCCCCGCCUGGUAGUCAAGCCCAGAUCAUUUUGGUUGUGAGCUGAACGUCCUACUAAUGAACUAUUAGUGUUAAUAAAAGUACUGCGAAGAGAGCCAGCA